UUUUCCCGCAGAUUUAUUGUAAUUUUGCUUUCGUCAUCAGUAACUAUCGCGUCGUGGCCUGCGAUCGACGUCGACUUAUCACACACACAUUAAUUUUAAAAUUGACGUGUUGGUUGACGAUUCGCGCACUAUUCAGUAAAAUACCAAGUGGAUCAACCCGUCAUCCUGAAACUUAACAUUACCAUCAGACUACACCACAAUACUUCAUAUUAACCAAAUAGUUCAGUAAAAAAAUAUAAAUUUUACUGUCAAUUAAAUAAAAGCAGCUUCCUAAUGAUUUUUUAGUGUCUAGAUGUUGAUGUGAGAUAAAACUACCUGUGCAUUGUUAAAUAUUCAGAAUGCAGAAGGCCGGCUAAUUUUGAAUCACGUGACAAAUAAAUUAGAUAAUGGUUCAGCAAAGAAGUGAAAGAGCACCGUCGUCAUUAAGAUUAAACCAAAGUGAAAGCGUACCGUCAGGUACUCGGGCGCCAAUGACAUCGCCAACGUCACAGCCCUCGUCUCCGAGACCAGUCAAUGGGGAUUCACCACUUGGUGCUGGAUCACCAGCAGCUCACAGUACACUCAAUUCAUCAAUUUCCCCAGUCUCCAGCACCGGGAAUGCCGAUUCGCGCAUACCUCGGCCAUCACCAACAUCUCUGCGUCGUUCCGCGAGCAUGCGCGUACGUGGAGAACGCGUGCAACAUUUACGCACCACAGGUUCCUCACUAGGUCCAGGUCCAGGAGUAGGUUCCUUGUCCCACCAGCAUCAUUACCAUCGGCACAAUCACAUUCAACAGCAGACGGAAAUCUUUCCCGCAAUCACGGAGAAUGGCUUGGACUCACCACGACACCGUUCUUUUAGCCUCUCACUGACACCAGCAAGGCCGCGUUUUGGACACGCGGCGUCGAGUACAAGUGCCGGUGGAAAUGGGGAGAGUUUACUGUCGGCGGGAGCUGGGGACGACAGUGACGUUGACAGUGUAAAGAGUUAUGGCAGCGCUUAUAGUACAGCAAGUGCUUGUGAUCACGCACACUUUGCUCUGAAUGGUACCACCUGGUCUGGACGAUCGCGCAAGUAUGUUGUACACUGUUCAAAUUACAAUGGUGAUACUGAUCAGUAUCUCACACCCACGCAACGAAACGCCAGACAACUGCGUAAACUCCAGUCGCUUUUGAAUGAAGCGAAAAAAGAGAUCGAGGAGAAGGACCGAGAGAUAUUGAGACUGACGAAGGAAGUGGUAGAGUUGAGGCUGUACAAAGCGUCGCUUAAUAGUCCGGAUGAUAGAACGGACAGCAGUGAUGCGUUAACCGUCCGUGAGAAUAACCCGUUCUCACCAGAAUCACCGAGCAGAGAUCUUCCUGAAGAGAGCUGUAGUUCUGAGAUACAGAGUCCACGUACGCCUGAUCACAAAUUUCCUACUGCUGUCACUCCUACUGCUACUAUUUCUAUUAAUAAUAAUAAUUCUAAUGCUAAUGAGUUUGGAGAGUGUCUUGUGUCAUCAGCUGACUCGGGGCACUUCGAAGAUGACUCCAUUCAUUCAAAGGAUUCUAUUGCUGGCGCUUCAGCGGUGGACGGACAUGUUCCUGCUAGGAGUGAAGCUGCCGCUAAAAGCACCGCGGUCUUGUCCCAAAGCAAUAACGUCAUCAUGACUCUGUCUGAUGACGAGAGAAAGAAAAUAGUAGAUCUCUAUGAGCAGAGGAUUGAGGAAAUGCAUCGAAGACAUAUCGAUGAGCUACAAGAGCUCAAACAAAAGCACAAUGACAAGGUGGAGAGUCUGUUGAACCAACUCUCUGAAAUAAAUACUCGCUACUGCGAGUUACGUCCGUCCUUGGAUGCCGCAGAGGUGAAGGUACGGGAUUUCGAAGCUGAGCUUGAACGUACCAAGACACAACUCGAUGAACAAAAGGCAUUGUUCGAGGAGCAAGAAGAGAGGAACAAGCAAAUGUACCUGAAAAUGUAUGCCAAGGGUCAAGAGGCUGCGAGACUUGAGCUAAAUGAUCCAGCUUUUGAACAAACACGAGAGAUGCCAAAUGUCACUGUUACCGAAUUAUUGCAACAACUCAGCGUUACUCAAGCAGAACUGGAGAACGUCAAGGGUACAAGUUACUUGCCACAACUUCACAUUUCAGUCGCUCGUAGCCAAUGUUUGCUAAGUGCGCAGGAGGCUGUUUCUCUUUGGGUACUUGCCACACGUAAGGCCAUGUACAGAAGAAUAAUCGAAUCGAAAAAUAAAACGGCAAUAGAUCCAGACAUAACAUUGCAGUUUUUGAAAUCAGCUUUUUACUAUUUUUUAACUGACAGAGAAAAUCACGAUGGACAUUUGAAUGCCAUCGAGAGCAUCCUUGGGUUUACGGACAACGAGAAGCUCAGGAUUGAACGGAUUUACGGGUCAACUCGAAAGUAAUAAUAAUUUAGAUAAUUAUUAUUAUUUUAAUUCUUUAUCAAUCGGUAUUGAGUCUACUUUCAAUUUUAUCAAAAUAUUUUUCAACACUAUAUUUUUGACUCGUGAAAAUAUUUUAAGUUCUUAAGAUCUUAGACUUUUGUUUAAUUUUAAAAAUAUUUGACAACUACAUGAAUGUUAUUUUAUUUAAAUUAAGUUAUUAUAAAAUUUAUGUUCUGUUUGCGAAGAGAAUCAGCGUGUUUGUGAUUUAAAGUUUAAAUAUCAGCUAUUGAUUAGCUGUAAUUUAUAUCAAUAGUGUGUAGUUUAGAUAAAUUAUUACCAAACUAAUAAUUAAUGCAUUAUUCCAAAUAUUUUAAAUAAAUAUCAGGGGGUUUUAAGUAUUUGUAAUUAAUAAUUAUUUGAUAAAUAUUGUUAUUUACACUCAAAUAUUAUUAAUUAUCAUAAUGAUGUGUGAGCUCUUGCAAUAUAGAAUUUUAAUUAUUAUUAAUAAAAGCUAAUGUUGAUUUUCAAAAAUAUAUAUAUUUAUAUUGCGUCAUUAAUUCCAAAAGAACUUAUAUUUUUUCACGCCCUUUUGGCUUUAGUCACUAAGUUUAAAACCAAGGACGUAUAAUUUUUUUCAAAAUUACUCAUUUUACUGUAGACUUAUUCCAAAACUAAAAAUUGUAAAAAAAAUUUUGAAAGCCACAAGACAUCUAAUGUGUCAUGCGCUUUCAAAAUUUUCAGCUCAAAAAUAAGUCUACGAAAUGAUUGGCAAAAAAAAAUCGCGCUGACUUGAGAAAAAUCUCUGAAGCCAAAAGGAAGAAUAAAAAUAAAAGUAAAUUUGGAAUUAAUACCGCGAUAUAUUUCACGGCUGUGUUUGCUCACGAUUGCAACACCGACUAGACUAAGCAAAUUUAUUUAUUUAUAUUUAAUAAUAUAUACAUAAUAUAUUUAAUGAAAGUUGUAAUUAAGAUUGGAGUCUGGUGGCUCAUUCCUGGACACAGGAAUAAAUUAUGAUUGAGACUGAGGGAAUAUUCUGCCUUUAUCAAUUAUACUAAGAUAGUUUGUCCUUCACUUUAUAAUUAUAAUUGUAUUUAAUAAUAAAUAUGUAUGAGCGACCUUA